AUGGACACGAAACGCGCGGCGUCGGCGACGGCAACAGCAGCCCAAGACCCCGCGGCGGGCGACGGCGACGACGACGACUACAUGAACAUGGUCUUCCCCAACGCCCCCACCGCCCCGGAGACGUCGCUGCAGCGGCGGCAGCGCUUCCAGCGCGAGGCCGAGCAGCGCGGGCGCCACAAGUCAAAAGCCGAGCUGGCCGCCGAGGAGGCCGCCAAGCGCGAGGCCGCGCUGGGCACCUCGCUGCUGCGCGACCCGGCCGCCGUCAAGAAGAGCAAGGGCUUCGCCAUGAUGGCGAAGAUGGGCUUCAAGCCCGGCGCCGCGCUCGGCCGCCCGCAGGAGCCACCGCCGCCACCGCCAACCGUGGACGCCGCUGGCAAGGAGGGUAGUGGCGUUGAUGGCGAUAGUAGUGCCGGGGGCAAAACUGUCGACGGCCAAGACGACGGCAACAACAACGGCGGGGUGUCACCGCCCCCGCCGCCCGCUGCCAUUCUCGAGCCCGUCCGCAUCUCGGUCAAGGACGGCCGCGGCGGCAUCGGCCUGGCCAGCGAGCGCAAGCGCAAGAUGGGCGAGGCCGCGGGCGACGGGGCCUCCGCCGCGUCGGCGGACGGGGCAAAGCGUGCCCGGCCCGACGAGGGCGAGUUCCGGGACCGCGUGCGGCGGGAGCGCGAGGUGGCGCGCAAGGAGCGGCAACUGCACGCCGCGCAAAAGGUGGCGGAGAGCAUGGAAGAGGAAGGUGAGGAGGAGCAGGAGGAGGAGCAGAGGCCGCGGCGCCCGGCCGCGCGCCGCCGGCCCCUAAAGUCCAUCAACGUGCUGUGGCGGGGCCUGGUGCGCGCGCGCGAGGAGGCGGAGCGCGACCGGAGGAUGAGGCACGACAUGCAGCAGGGCCUCUCGCGGCUGCCGACGUACGAGGACGACGACGAGGACGACGACGACAAGAGGGCGCUGGGGAAGACCUCCACGGCCUACGUCACGGCCGACGACCUCGACGAGGACGAUGCGGAGCUCCAAGAGUUCAGCUCUCGGGACGUUGACGACAGGCUACAGGCCGUGGUCGGCCACCUCCGCGAGGCGCAUCGUUAUUGUUUCUGGUGUAAAUACGCGUACCCGGACGGGCAGAUGGAAGGCUGCCCUGGAAAGGCGGAGGAGGACCACGAUUAA